UAAAUCGUUCUGGAUGCGCUUUAUAGCUAAGAAUCCAAGCUUAACAGUCAAGCGACAAGGAAACGUAUCAAUAAAUAGCUCUCAAUUGCACAAGGGAAAUGGCAUGUUCCCACCUUGACAGUCUUGCAGAGGAAUUGAUCGAGGCUGGCAUUAUGACUGAAGCAGCCCAAAAGGAGACAGGAGUUUGGUCUGGAAAUAUUGAUCUAUGCAGAUUAUUUAAUCACGAUGAAACACCACAGUUUAUAAAUUUUGGUGUUGAUGGUACUCCUGCUGGUCUUGUUUUUGCUGCAAAAGGGGAAACAUGUUGUAAAAUGAUAAGAGAGAGCCGUGCAUGUGUCAUCAUUCAUCCUCUAGUAUCAUUUUCAGGAGACCUUUGUGUCUGUCAAGUACUCUUUGGUACUGUUGGAAUAGCUAAUCAAAUGGCUCCACAGCAAGCUGUGGCAAAUAUUCCGCAUCUUCUAAUAACGUGCAGUCAUGGUGUUUCUGAUCACAAUUCGUUAUUAGAUAUGUAUAAAGAGUUUGAUGAAUAUCUUACUGAAAAAAAAGUUGCACGACCAGUAGUUUUGCUUUCUGAUGGGCAUUGUUCACGCUUUAAUUUUGAUGUCUUAAAGUUUUUACAGUCAAAAAACAUACGUAUGUUCUUAACUCCAUCAGAUACCACUGGUGUGACACAGCUUUUAGAUCAACUCAAUAAAAACCUUCAUCACGAGUAUUGUGGUAUAAAAAAACGUUUUUACCGAUUCCAAUUCACUAAAUAA